GUAAAUCAAAGAUGAAAAAGUAAGACCAGAGAAAAUCAAAUUGAAUGGAUUAUUGCUCGGCGUUGUCAGAGUUAACUUGAAUGGUAUUUGUGGUUUAAUCCAGGAUUGUCUCCCCCCUCUUUUCCACCCACCUCUCCUCUCGACCAAAUUUCUCUCCACUCACCCGAACCUGUCAAGACCAUGGUCAAGACAGAUGUGCUCCUGGAUGUCUCUUCCUGUUCAGGGUUUAUGUUGUCUGUCUGCAUGCUCAGUGCAGUGGGAAGUAUCUGGCCUCUGUAUGGUCUUUACUGCCUUCAGAUAAUGUGCCAUGCAAACAAACCGAAAUGAAUUCCAAUUGUGUCCACACAUUGGGACGAGCAUCAAUGUAAAUCCUGUUUAAUUCAGUGUGGGGGUGUUCACGCGAUGUGAGCUGCAGCCAGUUUAGCCCCGAAUCUAUUUUCUGUGCUAAUGUGUUUAUUGUGAAUAACCCGGAGCGGAAGUGUGUGUCUUGUUGCUGUGGGUGACUUGGUGUGACUUGACGCAGGCAGACUGGAUGAGAGGAGUCAGGGAACAGCUGGAUGUAGGAGCUGGAACAAAGACGCCGGGGCUGCCUCUCACCGCUUCACGCUCGGUGCUGCUGAACCGACCAUCGUCCCAAACCAGCGGCUCUUUGACCCGGUGCUCUGCCGCUCUCGACGCCCGCUCCUCCUCCUGUUUUCAGCCCCGUGUUGUCUUGGGAGGAUGCGACGGGCCCGCGGUGCUCCGCUCCCCGUGCCAACAUCCAUCAGCCGCUGCUCCGCUCUCUCCUCCGACACCGAACGUAGAGCGGAAUAAUUGCGAUCGUGCCGGGCAGACACCUCAGACAUGAAGCCGUGAGGCCGCAAGGGAAACGUCGUCGGGAUCAUUUCUCCUCAUCGGUCAGAACAGUCCUGUCUGUCGGUGUGAUGGCUGUGAUGUUGAUGCUUCUACUCUCCACACUGCUCCUGUCCACCCACACUCCGAUUAAUGCCUCUCCUUCCUGCCCUGUGAGCUGUCGCUGCUACAGCCUCACGGUGGAGUGUGGCUCCACCGGCCUCAGAGACAUCCCCAAACACGUCCCCCCAUCCACACAGACCAUCUUCCUCCAGGACAAUGUGAUUGGUCAGAUCCGUCGACAGGACCUGCUUCCGUUAAGGCACCUGCACUACUUGUAUCUGCAGAACAACACCAUCUCAGCAGUGGAGCCUGGCUCUUUCCGGAACCAGGGUCAGUUGUUGGAGCUAGCUCUGAAUGGGAACAGGAUCCACCUGGUGACGGCUGACAUGUUUAAGGGACUGGAGCAUCUCCGCAUUCUGUACCUGGCAGGAAAUGACAUCACACGCCUACUGGACUACACCUUCCGUGGAUUACAGCGUCUGCAGGAGCUCCAUUUGCAGCACAACAGUAUAGACAUGUUAGCAGACCAGGCUCUUGCUGGCUUGACUUCUCUGGCUCUGCUGGAUCUGAGCAGAAACAAUCUUCAUACCAUCGGCCCUGCAUCCCUGCGACCUCUUGUCAGCCUGCAGGUGCUGCGCAUCACAGAUAACCCAUGGCGUUGUGACUGUGCUCUCCACUGGUUGAGGAGCUGGAUUGAUGAGGCAGGGCAGCGGCUGCUCAGCUCUGCAGAGCGUCGGCUGGUCUGCAUCGAACCGCCACGUCUCUCCCACCUCAGUCUGGUGGAGGUUCCGCUCAACAGCCUGGUAUGCAUCCCUCCACUGGUGCAGCUGGAGCCCAGGAGGCUAGCUGUGCGCCUGGGGGAGAGCCUUAGGGUGUCCUGCCAUGCCUCUGGUUAUCCUCGGCCACAGGUGACCUGGAGGAAAGCAUCCCAGGGUAAAGUUGUGCUCUCUCCCCGAGGCCUGGUUCAGGAGCUGGGUGCUGGAGGAGGGGGAGUAGGCGGGGCAGAGGAGCCCUCAGAGGAAGGCAGGGUCAGUCUGCAGAAGACUGAAGGCGAGCGCUUUGACCCUGACACUGGCAGUGGCAUGCUGUUUCUCAGUAAUGUGACUGUGGCUCACGCAGGUUUCUACGAAUGUGAAGCCUGGAAUGCAGGGGGCGUGGCCAGGGUGACCUUUCAGCUCGCCAUUAACUCAUCCACUUCCUCCUCCUCCUCCAUCUGGGCGUCUUGGUCCCAAGUGUCCUCGCCAUACUCCCCUGUCUGGCCCCGGCUGAGGAACCACGGCUCGGCUUUGGGCUCAGAUGUGAGUCGGGAACCCCUUUACGCUCUGGGCAGCAUGGCCUUCAGUGCUCUGGGAGCUGCCACUCAGACUGCCAUCGCUGUGGGCAUCUCCCUGCUGGCUCUGACCGCUCUGCUGCUGGUCGCCAUGAUCUACAGCCGACAUCACCAACGCGAUAAGGAGGCUGAUGGAGCUGAGAAGGUGUUGAAUUUUACCCUGCAGGAGGAGAGCAUCCUGUAUGUGAACGACUACUCUGACGGGCCCACCACCUUCGCCCAGCUGGAGGAGUACCGUGAUGAGCGCGGCCAUGAGAUGUACGUCCUCAACCGGGCCAAACCAGUGCUGCCUCCUGCUCCACCCACCGCUGUCUCCACCACUAACCUGGGUUGCCCCGCUCCAUCGGACACCUCCAGCCACACCCUCUCCUCAGGGCCUGGCCAGACCGUGACUCCAACUCUUGCCCCCAACAAACAGCAGCAGCAGCAGCAGCUGCAGCCAGAGGGUGACAUACGGACCAUGAGGAGAAUGGCGGGGGAGGGAGGGGAGGCUGAGCCUGUGAUUACAUCAGAGGCUGAAGGGAUGUUUCUUAACCACACAGGCCUGUUCAUGGACUCUCAGAUCGCGUACGAGAUUCACUGCUGAAGGGGGGACAGAACCCACUGCAACACAGAGGUUUCUGGAAGGAUUUACUUUCUUCAAGACUCAUUCACAGUUAUGGACUCUCAUUGGAGAAGGUUUACAGACACGGCAGAGCUCACAAUCUGGUUUAAAUCAAUAGUACUGAGGCUUUCCAGUGGACUUUGUGUGAACUUGCAUGCCAAAACAUCAGUGGUAAUGGCCAGUCAAAGGCCCUGUGCUGUAGACAAAGUGAAGUGGACCCAGGUAUAUACUGAGCUGCACAUCACUGAACUGAACUGUCCUGUACAUGAACAUCUGGAAGCAUUUAUCAGAGCUCCUUUCAUCGCAGAAACCUUCACCGUCAUUGUUGUUCAGGAGUUGACCUUUGUCCCCUCAAGACAUCACACAAAGCUCAUUAGUUAUUUGCAGGGUGAUAAAGGGGGAAGCCAUGAAAUCUUUCAGUCCAUGAGCAUGUGGGAACCCUUAUUUAUUUUGUAACUGUUAUUAAUGUCUUAAUUUAUUUUGAAAACAUUAUAGUGAUAGUGGGACUGUAACAGCUGAAUUUUGUUACUAUUUAUUUCUAAAUAUCAUAUCACUUUUUAAUCGUCUGUAUCACAAAGUGACUUCAUCCCUCCAUCCAUGCUACUCUGUCUCUCAGCGGGUUAGCUGGUCCUGAUCCCAACAUUGGUAAUUCUGGGUAUUUGUGUCAUGAAGCAGGUUACUAAGCCAAUCGUGUGCAACAUCAACAGUUCAACAUCUGAGUAUUUAAUAUGAGAUAACAUGAAUCUGUUCAUACAGUGGGGAAAUAAGGCUUUUCAGCUAUGUAACCAAUACAGAAUAUCCAGUAAUCAAACAACAAAAAUACAGUAGAGUAAGAUGCUAUAAAAACGAAAUAGCAUUUUAAUGUUAAAAAUGUGUCCAAUAGAAUUAGAUUAAUAAGUGGUCAGCAACAUGAUAUGUAUUCUAGUCUCACAGGUUUAACAAACUAGUAAGAAAUUCACUUCAAAAGAGUCAGACAAACAAUCCACAGGUGGUCUGCACGAAUACAGGCUCGAGGAACAGAAAAUCUGUUCUUAAAAGGUUUGUGGAUGUGUUUUUCCAAUUAAAAGCCUUAUGUUUUAUGCAAAAGACUAAAAGGUAAAAUGUUCAUAUUCUCUUCAGAGCUAAAAUCCUUGAUUUUAGAAUAAAGUGCCAAACCUCAUCUUUAAUUUGAGUAGGUUUAGAUGUUGAUAUUGAAAGAACUGUGUGCGAUAUAACCUUUUUAUUGCAUAGACACUUUAACAUACGUUCCUGUAUGAAAAACAGAGUUUAGAUUGUGUCAUCUGUCAACUAGGAGUAAAGAGGUGAACGUUUUUGUAAAGAAGACAAUAACGAGGCUCAAAGAGGGAAGAAAACAACUGAGAUAGAGAUAUUAAAGUUAAUUUAACAGUUGGGUGCACUCUUAAAAGACAAGAGUGAACAUGAAAGCUAGAAAAGGACAAAGACGAUGGUCGUGAACCACUGCUACAUCAACCUGAUCUUUCAACAAACAGAUCCGGCUGCAGUCCAAAGACUCAUACUUAAAGAGUUGUGGAAAGAAGUUUUAUGGACUGAUGACACUAAAAUCUACUUCUAUCAAAAUGAAUGAAUAAACGAGUGACCACAAAACCACAACCUCGUCUGUCCAAUGUGGUUCUGCUCGUGUGUACGACUCCAACGGAACCGGCAAAGUGGUUUGUAUUGAUGGUUUUACUGCUGACACAAACAACAGGAUGAAUGCAGAGGUUUACAGGAGCUUUCUCAGUAUCAAGUGUGUCAUCGUCCAGCAGCAACAAUCUGGAACAUACAGCCAAAGCAACCAAAGACAGAGGGACCUCACAACAAGGUGAAGAGCUGAAGGACACUCAGUGUGUCUGUCCAAUUACUUUUAUCCACCAAACUUUGGGCGCUAUGUGUUUAAAGGGGUGUGUCUCUCACACAGUUCUUUCUAUGUUGAUGUAUAUAGGGUUUUAUAUGAAUAUGAAAUCAUCUCUGAUCUUUAUUCAAUGGUGUGGUCUUUCAUUUUGAGAGAAUCACUUCGUUUCACAUUCAGUUUCUGUAAAGUUUUCCUUCAUAACGCCUCUCUCUCAAAUAGCCCAAGCUCAUACGCAAAUUAGCUCUGCUUCUGCUCAGAACCAUUUGUACUCAGAUACACUGUUGUUUGCAUAAAUGUCCUGUGCUUCACCCUCAGUCUCAGGCUGCUUCUGUGCACUCACGAAACAUCUGCUCUCAGAUUUCUGCUCUCGCUCUUGAGUUUUGGGGAAAUUAUCGCAUUAAAAAUCCCCCAACUAAAAGAAUACCACUAUGUUGUCCAGUGAUCCGGUAUCAUCACUGUCCACACCGUGGGUGCAUUUGCUUUUCUUCUGUCAGCGUCCCUAUGAGCAGUUACUGUUUAACCAGGUUCAGCAAAUCACUCGCCAGCAUGAAUCACUAAAGCCAAGGAGCUCAUUUGUUUUUCCCAAAUCACAUUUAGGGGAAAUUGAACAGACAGCACAAACAAACUGUCUAAAGUCUGGUUGGAGUCAGUCCAU